AUGAUUGGGCGUGAUAAUCCUAAUGUUAACAAAACUGUUGAAAGACUCAUUGAUGAAGAAUUGAAGAAAGGUGGUGGAGAAUUACUCAAAUUAUGUUCAUGCAAUAUCCACGUCGUUCAUAAUGCUUUCAAAGCAGGUACAACAGUAUCAUGUUGGCAUAUUCAAGAUUUCUGUAUAGAUUUAUGGUCCUGGUUUCGUCGUUCGCCAGCACGAAAAGAAGAUUUUGUAAAACUUGGUGAGGAACUGAACGAAGAAGUUGAAAAAAACAUUCUUUAUUUUGUUUGUACACGUUGGGUAUUGCUCGGUAAAGUAGUUGACCGAAUUUUAAGUAAGUGAAUGUAGAAAAAAACUAUUAUUUUAUGCAUUAAAAGUGAAUUUUUCAAAUAGUACAAUGGGAAAUUUUAAACGAAUAUUUUCUUGUAUAUUUGCCCGAAAACGACAAAAC